AUGACUAUCAAACUUAUUGGAUAUACUGCCUCAGGCCCUGUUCUAAGAGUUAUUAUAUGCCUUAGGGAAUUAGGUCUUUCUUAUGAACUCGAACCUCCAGCUACUUAUCAAUCUUUAAAAGAUGAAGAUUAUAUCGCGAAUAAGCACCCAUUCGGAAAAAUGCCAGUUCUUUUUGAUGAUGAUUUUAGAGUUACCGAAUCUCGUGUAAUUUGUCGUUACUUAGCAUCUAAAUACCAAGGCAAACAUAAUACUACGAACUUGAUUCCUAACGAUGUUCAUCAAGCUGCAUUAGUCGAUCAAUACAUUUCUUAUGAAUUAUCUUAUUAUGACCCACCGCUCUCAAAAAUCGUUUAUAAUGAAAAAUUCGCUAAAAGAUUUCAGAAUAAAGACCCGGACCAAGAAGUUAUUAAGCAAUCUCGUGAAGAACUUGCUAAGGUUUUAGAUGUUUAUGAGAAGCUUUUAGAAGGAAAAGAAUAUUUGAAUGGCGAAUUUUCUUUAGCUGAUCUCGCUAUCUGUCCUGGUACUUAUUACGCCUAUGAUACUGUCACACAUGCCGAUUUAUGGGAUAGUAGACCUAAUGUUAAAAAUUGGUGGAAUAGAUUGU